AUGGGAUUGUUUUCUUCUAUUACAAGUAUGGCCGCACCACUAAAGAAUAAUCCGGUUUCCAACGUCUUGAGUAAAUCACCAAUCUCUGGAAUAAGUCCAAUGAUUUCAAACCAAAUGAAGCUUGCAGGGGGUUCUACUUCCAAGCUACCAAUGAUGAACGAAGUUAACAAAAUGGCUACAGACUCUCUUUCUUUUAUUGGCAUCAAAGUAUCUAAAAGAAAUGUUGAAUUACCUUUAGAUAAAGGAGUAGAUACUCCGCCGAGUGAAUCCAAGACACAUAAAACAGAAAAAGUAAAAUAA